UAAAAAAAAAAGUAGGUGGCGUUUAAUGCCGACUGUUCAUUUUAAAAGGCCGUCAUUUGUUUUCGUUGUGUGAAUCUUACAGUAUUAAGAAUAAUUAUGAAGAGUUUCAUUGCAUAAAUUUCAAUGGCUUUGAGUAUUAUUAGACGAAACGCUUUAACAUGUUUAAACAUGUCAAAAUCUAUUAGGAAACAACCUUCUUCGGAUGUUGCUGCAUUCCGAGAAGUUUUAAAGAAAUCCUCUCAUAUUGUAGCAUUGACAGGAGCAGGAAUCAGUGCAGAGAGUGGUGUUCCAACAUUUCGAGGUGUUGGUGGAUAUUGGAGAAAAUACAAUGCCCAAAAUUUAGCAACACCAACAGCAUUUUUAUCAAACCCAUCUCUUGUUUGGGAAUUCUACAGUUAUAGACGGGAUCUUGUGUUAAGUAAACAGCCAAAUCCAGCACAUAAGGCAUUAGCCGAAGCUGAAAAGAAAUUAGCUUCUGAAGGGAAAAAACUAGUUGUAAUCACUCAGAACAUAGAUGAAUUGCAUAAGGCUGCAGGAACAAAAAAUCUGAUAGAAUUACAUGGUACACUCUUUAAAAUUCGAUGCACCAAAUGUGGUGAUGUUACAGAAAACAAAGACAGCCCUAUUUGUCCAGCUCUUGAAGGCAAAGGAGCUCCAGAUCCAGACACUAAAGAUGCCCGAAUACCAGAAGAACUUCUUCCAAGAUGUUCGAAAUGUGAUGGAUUGAUGCGACCACACGUUGUUUGGUUUGGCGAAUCUCUGGAACCAGAUGUUCUUGCUGCUGCUCAGAGAGAAUUAGAAGAAUGUGAUUUAUGUCUUGUGAUUGGAACAUCCUCUGUUGUCUAUCCUGCUGCAAUGUUUGCUCCUACAGUAGCCAAAAGAGGAAUACCUGUUGCUGAAUUCAAUCUAGAAACUACCCUAGAGACAAGUAACUUUGGUUUUCAUUUUGAAGGACCAUGUGGUACAACUUUGCCUACUGCUUUAGUUUUUGAUUAAAUGUUUAGUUUAAGAACCAUGUGUGAUAAAUAAGAUGAUCAGAGUAAAAAUUUUCAGGUGUGUGUGUUUGUUUUAUAUCCUCUAAACAAAGUAUAAUUUGUGUAUUUUUAAGCUGCAUAGAUUCAUUUUUAAAUAAAGGUAAAGAUAAAAAUUUAAAA